AUUAGUCUAUAAAUGUUUAUGGAAUGUAUAAAAAAAUAAUAAACAUACGAAAGUCAAGUGAAAAUGGGUUAGGAUAUAUUUUUAAGCAUCUCUUAAAUCUUUACUAAUAAUUAAGGUUAUCAUUAUUUUAGUAGUAGUUCUUAAAAGACAAGCUACACAAUGGAAGACGAUAAGUUUGCUUUAGUGGAGAAAAUAAUAAAAGACGUACACAAUGUUUUGGCCAAAAUUGCUGAUUUGUAUGCCUUUGAUGUGGUUCCUAUGGAUAUAAAUUUUCAAAAUAAAUCUCCUGUCCUACAUUUGGAAAACUGCUUAGGCUUAGAGUCUUGGUGUGUUAAGCAUGUUUAUAUGUAUUGUUAUUCGGAACUUAUGGAUAAAUAUAGUUCUAAGUCAAAACGCAAGUCUAAGAAGAUCUCAAAUAUAGAUUCUGAUCGCUUGAUCAGGUUGCUGAAUGUGACAAUUUUACUUAAUCCAGAAAUCAAUUCUUUAUGGAACAAAAGACGUGAUUUGGUGCUUGGACUCUUGUUAGAUAAGACUAGCGAAUUGCAUUUUAUAAGGCUUGUUUUGUCAAGAAAACCUAAGUGUAAUGAAGCAUUUGUAUAUCGAAGAUGGCUUCUGGAAUCAAUUUUUCAGGAUGAGAACUAUGAAAGGAAUAGCAUUGAACAUAUAAUUAACGAUGAAUUAAUUAUUUGUGAUUUAGCUUCAGAUAAGAGUCCAAAUAACUAUCAUAGUUGGAAUCAUCGGAUGUGGUUGUUAAAUAAACUAAAAACAAUCUCAACAUAUUAUGAUCCCAAUGCUCUUUACAUUAAAGAAUACAAUUCUUCAGAAAAAUGGACAUCAAAACAUGUAUCAGACUUCAGCUGCUUUCACUAUCAUCAAUAUUGUAUUAAAAAUCUGUAUAAUCUUUGUAACAACUCUUGGAAAAGUCUUGAAAAAACUUUAAAUAUUAAUUUAAGAAAGAAUCUUGUUAGAGUUCUGGCAUCAAACUUUCCAAAGGAUGUAACGAUUCAAGCUUCAGAGGAAAAUUUACUUGGCUACUCAGAGGAAAAUCUGAUGAACCUCCUUCUUUCUUAUUCAAAUAAAAUUUGUAACUGUAAUGUGAAUUAUGUGCAGAUGUGUAAAAAAAUCGAAAUAUUAUUUCAUGCAUUGGUAUUGAAUAAUGAGUUGAUACAUUUUUAUAAAUAUCACGAGACUCUCUGGUAUCACAGAAGAUUCAUUUUGCAUGAAAUUAUUGUGAUAAUGUAUGACCAUUUUGGUCUUGUCAGACAUAAUGGUGCACUAGUAAAGAAAAAUUGCAAAAUUUGCAACUUUGAUGAUAUAAGGCAAAAGCAAGCUAAAAUUGGAAGGUACGAUACAAACCAUAUUUACUCGAGUGUAUUGUUUAAAGUAAUUCUCUCACAUGAAAAGCAAUUUAUUGAAGAAAGACGAAAAGAUGGGGACGCCAAUGCAGAUAGACAUGAGAAAUAUUUAAAGUUUGUUGAAGGUUUUAACAAUGUCAUGUAAAAUGCAUUUGUGAGUGUUUUGAUAUAAUACUGCAGUAGCAAUCAUUUUGACGUAUUUAAUAGUUCCAUAAUACAAAAAAAUAUUUACCAUUUUUCCAAUUUUCUAUUAUAAAAAGAUUAUAUUAUAGUCAUGUAAGAAAAAUAUACUUAAUAUUUGAGUCUAAUAUAUAGUCACAUUUUAGUUUUUUAAUUUUAAGUGUAUAGAAAAGACAGACUUGGAAAGCAAUGAAUGAUAGAUGAAGAGAUAUCACAUUAUGUGUUAGAAUCCUGCUGGGUAUGAUAAUUGUGUUAUUUAAUUACAAAAAGUAAUUUGUAUUAAAUUUUAUUGCUGUAAUAUAGUUGUGUAUGUUCUUAUGUUUUAAUGGGUGUAUUUUAUUUAAAAUAAUAGACAUUUCUAGAA